AUGGCCAAUUUCCUGUGGGGCACCAGGGCCAUUUCCUACUCAGGAUGUGUUGCACAAAUGUUUCUAUUUCUCUUCUUGUUAGGAGGAGAGUAUUGUCUUCUCACAGUCAUGGCUUAUGAGUGCUACAUUGCCAUCUGCACACCCCUACACUAUAGCACACUCAUGGACAGCAGAGCCUGUGUCAAAAUGGCAGCAGCUGCCUGGGCCAGUGAUUUUCUCCAUGCUCUCCUGCACACUGCCAACACAUUUUCCAUACCCCUCUGCCAAGGCAACACAGUGGACCAGUUCUUCUGUGAGAUUCCCCACAUCCUCAAGCUCUCCUGCUCUGACUCCUACCUCAGGGAAGUUGGGCUUCUUGUGGUUAGUGCUUUUUUAUUCUUUGGGUGUUUCAUUUUCAUUGUGAUGUCCUACGUGCAGAUCUUCACUGCUGUGCUGAGGAUCCCCUCUGAGCAGGGCCGGCACAAAGCCUUUUCCAUGUGCCUCCCUCAUCUGACCAUGGUCUCCCUAUUUGUCAGCACAGCAUUUUUUGCCUACCUGAAGCCCCCCUCCCUCUCCUUCCCAGCUCUGGAUCUGGUGGUGGCUGUCCUGUACUCAGUGGUUCCUCCAGCAGUGAAGCCCCUCAUCUACAACAUGAGGAACAAGGAGCUCAAGGAUGCCCUGAGGAAACUGAUCCAGUGGGUCCAAUGUCAGCACCAAUAA